AUGCAACAAAGGGACAAAGACAGCUUGUCAUACUUUGAGCAAAUAUCAGGCAUUGGAUCACAAGAGAUAUUUUUCAUUUUCAUAUAUAUUUUUUUUCAGUUGAGAAUUCAAGACAUUCACAUAAGGUAUGAAGAUUCUACGAGUAUACCGAUGCAACCUAUUGCUUUUGGAAUUACACUUCAGUCUCUAGUUGCACAGAGUUGUGACAGUAAUUGGUUACCCAGCUUCAUACAUAAUAACAAAAGUGAGGAGUCAUUCAAGCUAGUAGAAUUACAAAAAUUUGCUGUCUAUUGGACGAAUCUAAGAGAGGAAGAAUCGUUAUCGGAGUUGAGUAUUGGACAAUUGGCUGAGAUUGUGUUGAACAGCAAAUUUGAGAAAAAUCUCAGGGACUAUAUUAUACCAUCCGUAAGUGCUCAAGCGCAUUUAAAAAGAAACCGAAGCUCUCAGCCAUUAAGGUCAUCAGCACCAAGAAUUGGAAGUGAUUUGUUAUUGGAAGAAGUGAAUUUAAUAUUGAAUGAUUGGCAGUACAAUCAGAUUGUUACUAUUAUACGUGGUUUAGAAAAUACAGAGAAGUUACGUAAGUAUCACUUAUACAAACCUAUUCUGCCCAUCAAAGAAGAUGCUCGUGCUUGGUGGCUUUAUGCAAUUAGCUGUUCAUGCCCUGACAAGCAACCAAAUAUUUGUAGGCCAAGGCCUACUUGGGAAUCAUGUUUGAAAAAAGCCAAAGAAAAUGUGAAAUAUGUUCAAAUUUCUAAAAAACUUUUGAUCAACCCAACUGUGGCACUAUCGAUCGAUGAAAAAAAAUUUAAGGAAACAGUUGAAUGGGACCGCAAUUUCGAUGAGUUGAAGAUACUGAGAGAGCUUGCCAUGAGAUCUGUGGAUUUACCUGCUGGAAGUUCUGGUAGCAGUAGAUCUGCAGGUCAGAGUAUGCUAGUGAAUUGGUUUCCAACUUGGAUGGGAUGGUAUUCUUCUUCUGAAAGUUCUAGUACACCUCUACAAGAAACAAGUCAACUAGAGGGAGAAAUAUUACAAGUAUUGGCGGACUCUGCCGAGUAUAAUACUAUAUUUAAAAGAGACAUGGUUUUCGGACAAUUCAGUUUUUGUUUAAAGAGUGGUACUUUGAAUUUAUGUACCUCUGAUGGUGCUAGUAGGCAAAGUGUUCCUAUGCUGGAGCUCGAAUAUAAAAAUCUUUCUCUAAGUAUUUUGAGCAAACCACGUACAAGUUCCCACUUAGUUGAACUAUCGUUGGGCGCAUUGUAUUUAAGAGAUAAAAUCGCUCAAAAUACAGUUUUUCCUAUUCUCAUUGGACCUCCUGGACUUGACAGGACCACUUUUUCUCGAUCUCGGGUCAUUAGUCCUCGUGUCAGCUUCACCGGAAUGGGCAUCAAUGACUCGGAAGACAUUGGAGAUAACCUCUUUUAUUUAGCUUACGAAAAAAAACCUCCAAAUUCUGGCUGUGAUUUUAGUCUAAGUGUAAAAUCUAAGUGUUUAGAUGUAGUUUAUCAGCCAAACGCACUACGGUGGCUUAUAGAAUUUAUAUAUUCACCUCAUCAACGUGAUAUAACCCAGUCUCAGAUUGAAGCAAUGAAAACCAGAACAAAAAAAGAACUAAUGAAAAAUUGGGAGCACAUUCUAGAAGGUCGAGUUGUAACUAAAACUUCUUGGGAAUUAGAACUAGAUAUAACUGCACCCCAGAUAAUAUUCGUUGAACAAUUCAGUGAUCAAAAUUCUGCAAUGGCUGUGAUUGAUUUUGGAAAAUUACAAUUGAGAAAUAAUUCUGGAAAUGUAGAACCACCAGUCAAGACUGAAAAUGAUACUAAAGAAAAUGACGACACUGAAACGUUUCUAACACCUUGUUCAACACCACCAGUUAGUGAGGCAAGUGAUUCUGUUGAGAAAACUGUAAUUUCAAAUUGUCCUAUCAACGAAACAAACAUUCAUAAUAAGUUAUAUGAUCAAUACUCCCUCGAGCUCACAGACAUGCAAAUUUUAUUAGGAAAAGCCAAAGACAAUUGGAGGUACGCUCUAAAUAAAGGUUAUUCGAAUUUGCACGUUCUGGAUAGAUUUAGUAUAUCUCUGCAAAUUGAAAGAAGAGUAGUCUACACCGCAGAUCCGCAAUUUCCCAGUUUGACAAUCAAUGGCAACCUACCCCGAUUAACUGCCCAUUUGAGCGAAAACAAAAUUAUAUCAGCUAGAAAUCUUCUGCAUUUGAUAACAGCCACUGGUGUACCUUCGCCUUUUAAAACACCACCAACUAAUGUAGAUACGGAUUUGGAUGUUGGCGAGGAAGAUGAAUCUGUCAGUGUAAACUCCAGUGUAGAACAUUCCAAGCUGGUCAUCAUGCAGUUCACAGUGGAUCAACUGUCUUUGGAAAUCCAAAGCAGAGGUAGAAGUAUCUCCGAGUUACAAGUCGCUGGAGUGAAGGCAGCAUUCACGAAACGUUCCAUCGAUAUUAGUGUAGCUUUAACAGUGCACAGCUUACUAGUGGUGGAUGCCUUACAAACAUUCGGACCAGACUUUGAGCUGUUGAUCGCUAGUCAUAAACACGUUGGUAUGGAUUCAAUGUCGGGGAGCAUCAGAGAUAGUGAGCCUACUUCCCCAACUUCUCCUGGAAGCCCUGAUCCUAGUCUGGUGAGAAAUGGCGCCACAUCCCCAAUAGCUCUAAGUCAAGCAUUGAGCACUCUGGCCACUACUCCUCCUCUGAGGUGGUGUGAAACUAUGAAAAAUAAUUAUGAUAUCGAUACAGAGGCUCUAAUUUCCAUAGAAGUAGUUUUGAUAAGUGGACAAGAACCCCUGCAGAUUGCAAAUAUUCAAUUCAAUAAUUUGGAUGUUAUUGCCAACCAAGAAACUAUUGUGGAAUUGAUUGGGUUCGUCAAAAGAUCAUUUCCAUCUACAUCCCAAAAACCCACCGGAAUUAACACAUCAAUUCGUAAACCUUCCAGUGUUGGGGGAUCAACAGAAUCAUUACUAGAUGAAACAUCAAAUACUGAUAUCGGUUCUACGGAGAUAACAUUCGACUUUCAUCGUCUCAAUAUCCUCUUAUUACGAGGUGUUGCUAAAGAUGGAAAUCCUUAUGGAAAAAAAAUUUGCACAGCUACAAUGAGCGAAGCCAAAAUUCGAGCAACCAUAGGCUCCAAUCUCGAAGUGGGAGGAUCACUUGGAGGUUUGCAAGUGCUCGAUUUAACUCCAGAAGGACAACUGCACCAGCGUAUACUAAGUGUUGGACAAGAUCCCCUUGUGGAAACAGUACCUUUAUUAGGCGUUACCUCUGCUGGAACCUACGAUGAUAAUACUGCGUUCAGCUUUAAAGUAACCAGAGCUUUGGCAAGUGGCAAGGAGGAAGAUAUCUCAACUGUGAACAUAAAAAUGGCUUCUUUGUGGUAUACCCACUCUCCUUACUUCACCGCGGAGUUGCAGUCUUGCGUAAAUGAGUUCAAGCAAUAUUUAACAAACUUGGCAAGGUCAAUAAAAUCAGCUGCGACCGAUAUGGCAUUGGGUCUCGUACAAGCACGGGCUACUGCAUUGGCACAUACGUUGAACAUGAGUAGAAAAAUACCCAGUUCGAUUUAUGGAAGUGCUGUUUCUUUUUCUGAAACUUCUUCCCCCUAUAAAAGAAAAAGAAUACGUUCCACUUCAAAUGAUCAGUCCGCUUAUGCAUCUGCCAAGGAUACCAUACCUCAGACACCAUACAGUCCGGAAGAUUUGGACGAACUAGUGCUGAAUUUGAGAUUGAACAUUGAAUUAGACAGCCCAGUACUUGUACUACCUAGAUCUAGUGAUAGUGCUGAGGUUUUCGUUGCUCACUUGGGUAAAAUCAGUAUAAGUAAUAACUAUUCAGAUGAUACAAAAAGCAAUAUUUAUAAUGGCGAGUAUACCGAAAGUAGAACUGAACAUUACAACAUCGAAGUUAAAGAUAUGAAUGUUUAUUCGUUAGACACUAGUUCAAGAAGGGUGCCUGGAAAUAUAAUCAUGAAGUCAGAAGUGCUUUAUGAUUCUAAAGCUAUCGCUAAACCCAUUUUACAUGAAACUAAACUGAAAUUGCUCAUCGAUAGAGAAGUUUGUAAAUCAAUUAACACCAGGCAUAGUAGCGAAUCGAAUUUACUUUUAGAUGGAAAUGAAUAUGAUGCACAUAAUCACAAUAAUUCUGGAAAAUCGAUCCAAAUUAUUGGAAGUAUUGUAACGGCUUUGAAAUUAUCCUUGACUAGGGAUCAGUACGAGCAAAUAUUGGAUACUCUGGAAUGGUUCACUUCUUCAAAACAGAUUGAAACACAGAAUACUUCUAGGAUGCCCUUGAAGUCACAGUCUACUCUGACUGAUAUAAAUGAAGAAGAUAUAGGUGUUACUACCCUUAAUAUGGAUCCGAACAUCCGUGCCAAACUUUUUCCAACUUUCACUGCUAGCUCAAAUUAUAAGAAACCUUUGAAUAACGCUUCUGCAUUGAAAAUAACCUUUGAUGUGCCAAUAUUCACUAUUGAACUAAGAGGGGAAAACUCGAUUGGAGAAAGUGGUCUUGUAGAUUUAUCCUUUCAAGAAUUUGUUUUCAAUUAUGAAAAAUGUGCAGCUUAUGAAACAAACAUGCAGAUUUCCUUAAGAUCUAUUUUGAUGGAAGAUUUGCACCAGCCUACAGGUAGCAGACAACGUAUCAUGGUCAGUUCAGCUACUGAUGCUGAAGGUAUUUCUAAUUCAGCAUGUGUCUCACGUUCUUGUCCAGAUGUAACUUACCGAGAAUAUUUAGGAAGUUCACCUCAUGGGUCACUUCCAGAUCAUUUGGAGUCUCCUGAUAUCUUCGGUGUGGAAGCAACCGGUAAAACAAAUUUCAACAAGUUUGGUAAUAGACAUUUUUAUCCUUUCACACCUCCGCCGAGCCCUCAGUGUGGUAGAGUACGUCCUGAAAAUAACUUGGUGAUCAUUAGUAUUUUGCUGGUGGACAGUUCUGCCCCAAAUUUUCAAGACUACAAUGGAAUUCAAAAAUCAGUAUCUGUUGACUUCAAUUGCCUGGACUUGGUUAUCAACACCAAGUCUUGGAUAGUUGUUCUUGACUUUUUCAACAUCUCUUCAGGAUCAGGUUCCUCUACAAAGAUAUAUGAUGAUAAUGUAGACAAUAGUCCUUCAACCUCAUCUAAAGAGAAAUCUGUGACAAACAUCGCAGUAAAAUCACUAACCGUAGUUCUUACAAAACCAGAUCGAGACAUUGCCAAGGUUAAUCUCUCUAAGGUUGAAAUUGAAGUUAAAACAAGGGGCAUGCAUAAAGAAGUUGAUGGAAAGCUUGGAUCCAUGUCCUUACAGGACUUAACUUUGAAUGGUCAGUUGUAUAAAGAGAGGUUCAUGACUUCCGGCAAACAAGCACUCGAGUUUCAAUAUGUCAGGCAUCUUCCAGAUAGCUCAAAGAAUUAUGAUGCCCAGUUAACUCUAGACAUGGCUUCUGUGGUCUAUGUUCACACUAAGAGAUUUGUGGCAGAAAUUUUGGCGUUUUCCAAAAGUUUCACUGAACAACAAGAAAUGGUUAUGAAAGGUAUUCAGGCAGCAACCAGUGGCCAACCAGUUCGACUUGAGCCAUUGAGGCUGUCUUUGAUAUUAGAAGCACGCUCGCCAAUUAUAUUGCUUCCUGUUAGUUCAAAAUCAUCUGAUGUGCUUGUUGUUGAUCUGGGGCAGCUAUCCGUGACUAAUGUUUUCAAGUAUUCUGACGAAGAAGGCACAAUAAGUGUUAUAUCUAACAAUGAUGAUAAAAAGUGUCUUCUUGAUGUGAUGACUAUCAAAUUGGAAAACAUGGAUUUGUAUGCAGGUGUGAAGGAUAUUAGUUCGAGUCCUCUGAAGUCACCUGUUUCAUCUACCAGACUCAAAUUAGGAACAAUAUUUGUUACUAAAGACGGACCUUCUUUACUCCCAAAAAAGUUUCAGUUGAAAUUGCAAGUUGAGAAAAAUUUAAACGUAAAAGAGUCUCAUGCUGUGCCAGAUAUGAGUAUUUAUGGCCAUUUGUCUACUUUGGAUGGAGCACUAGAUUUGAAACAAUACAGACUGAUCAGAGGUCUACUAGAUUUCAAUUUGGGUGAAGAUACUGAAAUGAUAAAUCCCUCAGUUCCUAUGAAAACUGAUGACACCCAGNGUGGAAAUCGUAUCGAUGACGCAGCAAUUUGGCUUACUCUGAAUGCAACACCCUCACAUAGUGUAGGCAAUAAAACCAGACGAUCUAUUAGUAUUGAUGCAGUCGAAGUUAAAGCCAGUCGGAUAUCUGUUUGUAUCAUUGAUGAUUGUGGGGAUUCUGAUGUUCCCCUCUUAGAGUUAUCGCUUUCUAAAUUAUUUUUGUACCAACACUUACCGAAAUACAGCGCCAGCAAUUACAUUCAUCCAAGAGGAUUCAUUGAGGGUCAUCUAGAGAGCGACUAUUACAAUAGAGUUCUUUCGGGUUGGGAACCAUUCUUAGAGCCUUGGAAGUGUUCAAUAAACUGGGAAAGAACAAUUUCGCAAGUUCUAUGGAAAAAUCGGUUAUCGAUAAAAGUGGAUUCAGAAGAAUCAUUCAAUAUAAACAUAACGUCGACUCUCAUCGACCUUUAUAAGCAGGUGAAAGAUAAUUGGACUAAAGAUUACUAUAAUGUCAGGCUCAAUAAAAAUGACAAUACUACUCUUCGAAGUGCGAAUAAUUUCAGAAGAAGAUCUCCUUUUGUGCCGUUUGCUUUGAAGAAUGAUACCGGGUCACCAUUGAAAUUUCAGACAUAUGUUACCGAUCUCGACAAAUCUCAGUCGGCAUCGACAGAUGAACUGUGUGGUAACUGGAUCUCAGUCAAUCCAGGAGAAUUGGUACCAUUUUCAUUCACAACCAGAGAUAAAAUGCGGCAUCAAGACUCUCACAAAAUGAGAAUGCAUCAACUAGGAGUCAAAGUGGAAGGUUGGCAAUGUUUAGAACCAGUCACAGUAGAUAGAGUUGGUGUUUAUUUCAGAGAUGCAGCUUCCGAGAAUCAACCUCGAGUCUUUGAUAAUUCACCAGCGAGAGUAGUAUUCGACAUAACUCUGGAAGGAUCUGCUAGAAAACUUGUUACGAUUCGUUCUGCACUUCUGAUUAUCAAUUAUCUUCCACAAACAGUUGAGGUGAAGUUAGAAAGUCGAUUACCUCAGGAUUCUCUCACUCCAUGGGUUCCUAGCAAAUCCUUUACUAUAGACACAAAAACUACGUUAUCAGUACCACUGAUGCAUACUCGUUCUCAAAUCAAUAUCAGGCCUAGCGGUUCUCCACAUCAAUAUACGUUUUGCAUGCCAUCGCUGAGUUGGACAAAUAUGCCCAGUAACGUUGAUAGAAUGUAUGAACUGGCUACUUGUCAUACACAUAAAGGACAUAACUAUAGAUUUUGUGCUGAAAUUGUCAGAGAAAAUCUUUACAUUAAUACUAGUUCAAGAUUUGAACAACCUGCUCACCGAAUUCAUUUAUUGCCAACCGUUAAGUUGGAAAAUCUUCUUCCAAUUGACAUGCAUUAUGUCGUUAAUGGUGAAGUAACCCUUAUCAAAGCAGGAUCAAGUGCUGCAUUAACAGGGGUUGAUCCAGAAAAAAAUGUAGAGUUGGAAAUAAGAUUAGACAACUUUCGCACAUGCAAUCCAAUAGUAGUCCUCAGUAGCUGUACCAGUGACUUCACAAGUAGAAUCAGAUUUGAGGAUAACCGGCAGAGAAGACUGUAUCUAUUAGCUCAAGUAACAUUUAAUAAAGGUGCAAAGUUGAAGAUUGCGAUUAGUGCAUAUUAUUGGAUCAUCAACAGAACAGGUUUACCGCUUGUUUUCCGGCAAUCUGGCACCUCUGUUGAAAGCGCUGGUCAGUUUGAUGAACAUGAACAAGCUAGGAUGGUAGCUCCACUGCUGUUUAGCUUUUCAGAUCAGGACGCUAAUCUAACAAUCAAUGCUAGAGUAGGAAAAAGAGUUGUUUGGGAUGGCAGUCCUCAGUGGUGUGCCAAUUUCCACGUUCAAAAGGGAACCCAGUAUCGAAAAUUACAUGUGACGAUGAGGGACGGCAGACCUGACACUGUUUUUAUUGUUGGUUUGGAAGUGAGACCGGGUAGGGGUAAAUAUCGCUCUACCAGUAUCAUCACAAUUUCUCCGAGAUAUCAGCUUUAUAACAGAAGUCUUUAUAAAUUGUUGUUUGCUCAAAUUUGUUCAGUUAAAAUUUCGGAAUCAUCUCGUACUUCAUACCUGAAAGCGCUACCUAAUUCGCAUAUGCCGUUUCAUUGGACAAACUUGGAAAAGGAGCAGUUGCUUUGUGUAUCCAUCGAAGAUAUCCCAAAUUGCUGUUGGUCUGGUGGACUUAAAAUAGAUACGAAUAAUUCCAUGCACGUUAACAUUCGUGACGCCUAUGGACAUGUGUAUUUUCUUCGUUUAGAGGUACUUCUUCAAGGAGCUACGUUUUUCAUAGUAUUCUCAGAUGCUGACACAAUGCCCCCUCCAAUAAGGGUAGAUAAUUUUUCUGAAGUAUCUAUAAUGUUUGGACAGAGUUGUUAUAUUGAUUUUAUGCACAGUACUGCAAGAGCACACACAAGUGUUCCAUAUGCUUGGGAUGAACCGACGAAAGCCAACACCAUAAGAUUGAUAGCGCCAGGUGGUGUAUCUAAUAACUAUGAUAUGUCCACUUUGGGAUCUGUUCCAGGCUUGACAUACGAAAAUUUCAUUUAUAUUGCAUUUGCUGGGACAUUCAGAAAGCCUAGAGGCAUUCAAGAUCCAAAUGAUGUUGAAAGUCAAGAACUAGUUCUCGAUGUGGUCAAAAAUACCAGAGUGGUUUUGUCACACAAAAUACCUAGUGAGAGAUCCCAGUUAUGGAGAAUGACAUCUGAAGGUUACCUGCAGCACGAGGGUAGCAAUCCACCUCUACACCCUGGUCAGACACAAAGCCGUAAUACCAUUUUAGUAUUGGAUAUAGAAGGCACCGCUCCCCAACCCAAUACCUAUUCCAAAUUGAUGUUGAGGCGUAUUGAUCCCAGGAGACGAUCUACACAGAAAUGGAGGUUUACGGAUGAUGGGAAAUUAUGUUGUGAUCAUUACAAUAUGUGUGUACAAGCCUUAGAUGGGUUUUAUGGUUUGAGGCCAGGAAAUGCAGUUGUGCUAGGUUUACCCCAACUUAUAUGUCACAAAUUGACUGAACAGGGUAUUCCAAUUGAACAUGCAAUAGAGAGGCAGCGUCUUCGACCUGGUUCUGGUUUUCUGUCAGUAAGUAUCCAGAUGGACGGACCAACUCAAGUCAUAAGCAUAAAGGAUCUCAAAGAGAAAAAAAUUUAUGCUUCUCCAGAUGACAGAGAAUGGGGAACAAUUUCGAAAGAUCAAAGGCCGAAGCUGUCUGAGAAUAAAAACGAAGAAGAUGACUGCAGAGAGCUACAAAUAGGAGUGAAUUUGAAAGGAUUAGGAAUGAGUUUGAUUUGCAGAAAACCAGCAGAGGAACUCGUUUAUGCUCAUUUCUCAACUAUAAUUGGAGAAACACUCAUAACAUCGCAAAGCAAACAGUUCUGCAUUAGUAUCAAGCACAUACAAGUGGAUAAUCAGCUAAUUGAUACUUCAGUUCCUGUUGUCAUGUACAUCACACCAGUGAGCUCAAAAACCAGUUUAGAAGCUUACGAUCAUUUACCCGCUCUUGACUUCAAUACAGAGGUACAAAAGAAGGUUGAUAAAAAUGCUGUUAUAUUCAAGCAUUUUAUAUUACGCCUGAAAAAAAUUACAAUUGUUAUAGAAGAACGUCUUCUUCUGAAGCUUUGUCAGUUUAUUGGAGUUCAUUCACAGGUAGAGGAAGUUGUUGAUAAGAAAGAAAAUGAUUAUAACACUCAAAGGCUUCUUUCUGAAGUAUCAGCUGUCCAUGCCAAAAGGUAUUACUUCGGUGUAAUAAAACUUAUUCCAGAUCAGAUAAGAUUGAGUGUCACAACUGCCAGCAAACUACCGGAAAAUUUACAGAGGAUCAAAAGGAAAUUGGGCUUGACUUUGAUAAAAUUUGAAGAUGCAGCAGUGGAACUGGAGGCAUUUGAGAGACACCAUCCAUUUGAAACAAGCCAAUUUCUUUUCAAAUCUAUUGUGAAACAUUUCAAAGAUGAGCUUAUGUGGCAAGCUGGAAUCAUACUGGGUUCGGUGGAUUUCAUUGGAAAUCCUCUAGGUCUAGUGAACGAUGUCUCUGAAGGCAUAUCAGGCUUUAUAUAUGAAGGAAACGUUGGGGCUUUAGUAAAAAAUGUAACUCACGGUAUGUCAAAUUCUGCCGCGAAAAUAACUGAAUCUCUCUCUGACGGAUUGGGUAAAGUAACGAUGGACGAUUGUCACGAAGAAAUGAGGCAAAGAAUCAGGCAAGUCCAAACUGGAAAAAGUUCCGACCACAUUUUGGCGGGAUUCAAAGGAUUAGGGUUCGGAAUUUUGGGAGGAGCUACAGGAAUAUUCAAACAAGUUUAUGAAGGAGCUUCUAAUGAUGGAAUACAAGGAGUAUUUUCAGGACUUGGCAAGGGAUUAGUUGGAGCAGUCACCAAACCCGUUGUUGGUGUACUGGAUUUAGCUUCAGAAACUGCCAGAGCUGUAAGAGAUUCAAGCAGAAGUAAAUUAGUGCCUGAAAGGAUAAGAUUGCCAAGGUGUGCCAAUGGACCUGGUAGACUCUUACCAAAGUAUGACUUCAGACAAAGCCAAGGUCAGCAGUAUCUUUAUGCUCUGAACGGAAAAAAUUUUGAAGAACACUUGGUAGCAUUCCAAGGACUUGGAAGUGCAUCUGAAGACAUUUUUUGUGUGGUUUCGGACAAAAUGAUACGAAUUGUGACUAACACCAGAUCACCCGAGUUAACUCCAGUCAUUGAAUGUGCUUUAGGAGAUUUGGAAAUUUGUAAUGUUAUCUCAGAAAAAAAUGGCAAUGAAGUUCGUUACUACAUAGAAAUUGUAAUGCAUUAUACUGGCGUUAGUGCUGUUCUAUUGAAUCCUGAUCCCGUGAAGAAACCACGAGUGAGAUGCCAGACUUUUGAUAUGGCACUUUCUGUUUCCCAACAGAUCAACUAUGCCAGAAGAAUGUACAUAGAACAUCUUUAUACACUAACUAGUGAUAAUAUAUCUACUAUAGAAGACUGAGCAACGUUGAUUUUUAUAUAUUUUUUUUAAUUUGUUAAUAACAUUUGAAAUAUUUAUAUAAUUAUGAAUAUGCUUGUAUAAUAUAGAUACAACUAAUAAAAUUUCAAGUUGUUAUUGUACAGUUAUGAAGAUAUUCUUUAUUGUCUUAUAUAAAUAACUGAUUUCAUUUAUUGCUUUAUGAAAUAUAUAUUUGAGUAAAUAAG